AAAUAGUAUGUUUUGAUUUUGAUACGUAUUUGGCUUUUUACUACAACUUUAAAUUUAAAUAUCCUCUUGCUUAUGGCUUCUUUCAGUGGUGAAUUUACUACAAUCAAUCAAAACUGUGUUCCUCAAUUUCGUUUAGAAGGAUUUCCAGAAAAUGAACAAGAAGGUGUGCCUUUUGCAAGAAGUUUGGACAAUGUGUUGCUAACUAGGAGUGAGGAUCGUCAAGUUGUGCAAAAACCAAUGAAUAUUGGAGGUGAACAUAAUUGUUCAGUUAAUUUGCCUCGCCGUCCUUACCUGUUUGUGCAACCACAAAGUGAUUCAAAUGCUUCACUUUUAUCUUCCUCAAUACCAGUAGAGAAUAGACGAGAUGUAAUGAAUCGAGAUCACAAUAUGGCUAUUCGUUAUCGUUUUUUUAAUCGAUUAGAUCCUGGCGGUCUUCAUCUUUUAAUGCCUAUUCAUGUCAUUCCAACUUCUAUUUUUUCUGUUUUACCAUUCAGCGAAUUUAAAGAUUCUAAUGGAAAACAAAGUAGUAUGGUAACCAUAUUUUCGAUAUGGAAUACAAUGGUUGGGACAAGUUUGUUAGCUGUUCCUUGGGCUCUUCAACAAGCCGGUCUUGUAUUAGGAAUUUUUCUUAUGUUACUGAUGGCUGGAAUUGCUUUUUACACUGCUUAUAGAAUUAUUGAAAGUCCCAAUUCUUUAACAUUAGAAACUUCAACUCCUGAUUUUUCUGAUGUUUGUCGUUUUUUAUGGGGCAAAUGGUUGGAAUAUUUUGCUGUUUUCUUUUCUGUUUUGGUUUUGGUUGGCGGUGUUAUUCUUUACUUUGUUUUGAUGUCUAAUUUUCUUUAUUUUACUGGAAAUGUUAUUUAUGAAUCACUUCAACAGAACAGUUCAAUAUUGCCAAUUGGAUUUAAUCAAACUUGUGAUGUUUAUUGCCCUAAACAAAUUGAAAAUGCAUUUCCAAACGAUUUUCUUUCACUUUCACCAAGUGGUAUAUUUUCGAAAAUAUCUUUUGGAGAAAAUGAGAGCAAUUUUCAGAAGAUUUGGAGAUUACAGGGUGGUGUUCCUUUGAUACUGGCAUUUUGUAUCUUCCCUUUACUGAAUUUUCGUUCUCCAGGCUUUUUUAUGCGUUUCAAUGGUCUUGGAACAAUUUCUGUAGUUUAUUUAAUUUGUUUUACUUUGAUAAAAAGUGCUGAAUGUGGAUUUAAUUUGGAUUUUACAAAUCAUCUUUCAAAGAAUUAUAUACAACUUUUUAAUUGGAAAUUUCCUGCAUUAACUGGUACUUUGGCAUUAGCUUAUUUUAUUCAUAACGCUAUUUUAACAAUUUUGCGAAAUCAAAAACAUCCUGAAAAUAAUAAUUUUUUAAACAAUUUUGCAAGUGGGGAUAUGCUUAGUGCAAUUGCUAGAGUUUUUCUACUCUUUCAAAUGUUGACAGUUCUUCCUUUACUUAUGUAUUUAAUACGUGUACAGUUUAGUUAUGUUUUUGCUGGAACUGUUUAUCCAGGGUUUGUCUUUUAUAUUUUUAAAAAUUUUUAGAAAAAAAUUGGUGAAAUUAAAAACAAAAGUCUUAAAUCAAAUUUUUCUUAUUCACACUUACAAGAGGACAUUUCGAACUGAGUAAAAAAUUUUUCAUAAGUUUUUUAAACCUUCGACCCCCAUUUCGAAGAGUUGUAGGGCUUCAAAGUUUUUGACUUUUGGAACGGUGCCCAUCCCUUUUCCUCUCCCUUUUCUUUUUUUUUUCUUCUCCUUUUCCUAUUCUUCUUUCACUUUUCUUCUCUUUUCUUCCCAUUUUCUU